UCUCCAUAGCAGCCCAAAGUACCAUCCCAGUUGGCGAGGUUCUCGAGCGCAGUCAGCCGGCACAUCCCAGCUCAAACUGCAAUAGCUAGACAGACAUGGCGGCCUACGUCCUCGCACCCAUCGCUGGCGCGUUCGUCGCGACUUCGUUGAUAUACUCGAUGCGGCACAAGGUCCGCACAGACACUCAAGCCUUCGUGACCGCGCUCCAACAAUCGCGCGCCGUUUUGGAUAACCUGGACGAAGAGCUAUCAGCGGGUUCCGAAGCCAGUGGAAACCGUCAGAAAGUGUUCCCACCGUCGUACGUGCGCCCGACACGGCCGACUUUAGCAGAGGAGAUGAAAGCACGAUGGAAUGAACAUCUGACGGGCUUUAUCAAACAAACCUCGGAAAUUGAAUGGGACUCGGUCUUCCGAAACGCCUACAACAAAGUUAAGGGCGUUGUCGAGGAGGUCGCACCAUCAUCAGAAAGCGCAUUCUCUCAAAUAUCAGGCGGAGCGACGCUGCGAGAUCCCGUGCCGAAAGCCCCCGGCGAUCCUCGAUUGCUGCAACCUAACACGUACUAUCUUGGACAAGGCACGAGCUUGCGAUGAGAUGUGUGUACGUGACACAGAGGAAUGGAUAGAACAUAGGCUUGACGCAU